AUGCCGCCAGCACCACUGAAGAAGAAGGUCCCACUCCAGUUUCCGGCGUGGCUGGUGGUGCAAGAAGACACACUUGCUGACAACCUAUUCCAGCAAAGCCAAUUGGCCUUAGGUCGGUCCACCAGAGAAGAAAUCCCCUGGUUGUCAGAAGCGCAGUAUUGCAUACCUGUUGCGGAGAAGGACUCGCUUCCCCAUGCUAGCGAAGGGACCAGGAGCUACAGCGAUGUACAGGAGUCAGCCCAAUUCCUAGCUGGCUCUGCUUUUUCCAAGUCUAUUCUUUCUGCGCUGACUGGCAAAAUCGAGCUACCCAACAAGCUCAUGGGAGUGUGCAAUGUCACCCCGUACGACAGCUAUCUGGAGAAGACGUGCUUGAAUUGGGGUACAACAGCUGCUGAUGGAAACUCCAUGGCAAGCCUAUCAGUUUCGAAAACACCUCAGCUCACUAGCUAUUGUGAGAAGAUCAUCGCUCUCGAGUUGCUGCAGGACUGGAAGAAUGGCAAGCAUUGCAUGGGUGAUGUUCGGCCGUAUGAAAAGGACCCAGUACCUCUCAGCAACACUGUGGACCCCAAUGACUUUGGCUUCGAAAUGGUCUCUGUGUCCAAAACUGGCAAUGGAUCUGGGUGGGGAAGGUACAAAAUCCAGCUUCCCACAAACAUCAGACAGCUCUAUGCAUCGGACGUCGUUCAUGGGGCAGAAUGGCGUGAAAUUAUUGCAGAGUUCGACAAAAAGUUCGAUGUCAACGUGGCCACUGCCCCUGUCUCCACGGCUGUGGUUCCCCACGAAGAACCGGAAGAUGAAGCCAUCGAGCCUUGGGCAGAGCCAUCGACCUUGGACGCACUUACUGAGAAGUACAAUUUGGAGGCCAAAGUAUCUCCAGAGAUAUCUUCGCGUGAGAAGGACACGAAGACCAACAACCCAUCGCUAAGUGCAGAGAUGCUGCAUGACCUUCAUGGGAAGAUUGCCAGUGCGAAGAAAGAUGACAAGCAGAAAAGAUCAGAUGAGAAAAAAGCAAUGAAGGCACAGGCAAAGGAGGAUGAGAAGAAGCGAAGCACACUGAAAGAAGAAGUCAAGCGAAAGAGGAAGCCAAAGGCGUCAGAUGAAAAGGAGGAGGAGGAGGAGGUGUCAGCCAAGCCAAAGGAGAAGUCAAAAACCAAGAGAAAUGAUAUGGACCAGGAGAAACCGAAAAGAACCAGAGGAGCAAAAGGGGAACCAGCAGACAAGCGAGAGAAGCCAAUGGACCAAGAGGACAAGCUAAAGAGAAAACGCAGUGUGGCACUGGAGGAACCAGAGAAGCCCAAGGAAGAGAAACCAAAGAGAAAACGAACUGUGCCAAAGGAAACGAAGCCAAAGGAAGAGAAGCCAAAGGAAGAGAAGCCAAAGGAAGAGAAGCCAAAGGAAGAGAAGCCAAAGGAAGAGAAGCCAAAGGAAAAGAAACCAAAGGAAGAGAAGCCAAAGGAAGAGAAGCCAAAGGAAAAGAAACCAAAGGAAGAGAAGCCAAAGGAAGAGAAGCCAAAGAGAAAGCCACGUGGGGCAGGAAAGGAGAAUGAUCGGAGUGGCAAGAAGAAGGAGUCGGAAAAGGAGAAGCGUCAGAAGCGUGCAGCCAGAGCUCGUCAGCUUGUUGCGGAAUUGCAAGCAAUUCGCCAGAGAAAGGCGUCACAAGACAAUGGAAAUGAGGAUCGUCACAAGACAGGAGAAGUCUGGGAUGAAUAUGCUCAAAAAUGUGCUGCAGCAGACAUGUAUCAUCUGAAGUCAAUGGGCGCAGAAUCAGAAGCUGCACCUGCCAAGCCUCGGGACAAGUCUCUCUCUAUCAAGGAGGCUGCCAAACGAGCGACACAAAAUGCUUCAGCCCAGCAGUCAGCCACAAAGGGGCGUGGAAAGGGGCGUGGCAGGGGACGUGGGAAGCCUGCUGGAGCAAAGCCAAAGAAGCCAGAAGAUGACCCACUGGAUUCUGAUGAGGAGAUUAACCGCUCUGAGGAUGAGAAGGUUGCCAGAAAACUUGACUUUGAAGAAGAAGCUGCCUCGGACUCGGACGCAUCUACUUUGGUGCUUGGGCAAGAAGAGAAAGCCACCAGGGGGAAGGCGAAGGCGAAGAGCAAGGCAAAGGCCGCUCCUGCAACAUCAUCGAAGUCGAAGGCGAAGGGUCUUCAGCUGGUCUAUCAAGAACACCUCAAGAGCACCAUCUCCCAGCUGAAGAAGGACCACCCGGAUUGGUCAGGCAAGGAGUGCUUGAAACAAGCUCGAGCUUUGUGGCGGGAGCAUCCAGAUCGUGUGAACAGCAUGAAGCACAUGAGUGCCUCAGAAUUGUCUCGCAGACGACUGAAAGUCAAUGUCUCAAAUCCCUCUAACCCAGCUGGUGCGCCUGGUGCAAACGGCAUCGAGGAAGCACCAGAACGAAGUCCUGCAGAUGUGCCAGAGAAGUCCCCUGUCCAGCAAUUGCCCUUCAAGCCCUACCAUCCUGCCUUGACAGGUGAGCUUGAUCGAAUCAUGGCUUGCUCCUGGUCAUCGGAUUUGGAACCCGUCGUGCUCGAGAUCACUGAAGAAGAUUCUAAGAAGACUUCAGACUCCGACAAAUGCAGCCUCAAAGAACUGUUUGACGAACUGAGUGAAACAGUGGCAGACUUUACCGUGAAUGGGCACACCAUGGAGAAACCCUCGGCUGUAGCGGCAGGGAGCGCUGACCCGGAGGGUAGGCUGUGCUUGCCGCGGCCUCCGCCGGACGCCACGACUAAAGUGUUGCAAUUCUUAGCGGAGCACAGCCGAGCUGCACGGGUCUUUGAGACGUCCAAAACAUGGUCCGCUAGCCGGAAGAGGCUUCUCCUUUCCUGGCUCUGCGACUUUGUUCACAUCGAGAACGACCGUAUAGGCGACGAGGAGAACGCGAACGGCUCGCCCCGGGAGGAGAAAGGCGGGUGCGUCGCGACCAGGUUGUUCGACCUGACGGACAUCUCGUUCUUCGAGCUCGACCGGCUCUUCGCCCGGAGCGCGAAGACCCUCAAGCGCCGCCAGAAGAAGCGGAAGCCGCGGAGGGCCGAUGGCGAAAGCAGCUCCUCCGAGCGCUCUCGGUCACCCCCGAGGAGAGGCUCCCUUCGAAUGGGUGGCCGCGUGCUGCCGCAGACGGGCGGCUUCACCGAUAAGGUGGGCAAAGUGGAACGGACCAUCGUGGUGACCGCGAUCCCCUACGGCGCCGACGCCCGGGCGGUCCAACCGACGUGGCGCGUCGAUGAAAAGAUCAUCUUCAAGCACUUUAGCAAGUGUGGCCUCAUCGAGGACUUGCAGAUGCUUUACAAUCGAAAGGGAAUGCCCACGGGUGUGGCCAUCAUCGAGUUCUCCUUGGAGGAGCCCGUGCAGCGCGCGACCACGCUGCCGUCGCCCUUCAACGAGAUCCUCGGCCAGGUGGUCCAGGCGAAGCGGGCAGACGCACAGAUUCCGAAGAAGGAUCCAGGGCCCAAGAGAACUCUCACGCGCCAGCAGUUCACACAGCAGGUGCUGAGUGGCUUAAUGAAGCCAUCAGAAGAGAAGAUGAAUAUGAGGAAACUGCACAUUAAGAACCUCCGUCCCGUCGUCAGGGACGACGACUUGCGCAGUAUCUUCAAGCCCUUUGGGGAGUUUGAGGAUUUCCUCAUGGGCAGCGGCGAGUGUUGGAUCACCUUCAAAAAUCACAGCGAUGCCCAGGAUGCGAUGACCUCCAUGCAGGGAUUCCAGUUGGUCGGCCAGGAGCUCAGCAUCAGCAUGCUCUCAGUGAGCAUAGCCAAGAGCACCGAAGCGCCCAAAGACGCAGAGGCGGAGAAAAAGCCGAAGCCCUUGGAUCUGAAGAACGAUUCAGACUUCGGCGCGACGGGCUCGGGCGUGUCCAACGUGCACAACCGCAUCGAAGUGAUGAAGAAGCUCUUGAAGGCCCACAGCGGCAGCGGCAUCCCCACCGUGGUGGGACUGCCAGUGCCCUCAGAGCCUCCUGCAGAUGGCGCGGCGCCCGCAGCUCCCCCCGCAGCGCCGGCGCCGACGGCGGAGCUGCCGCCGGCGCCGAAGCCGGGAAACUCGACCAGCUGCACCUUGCUGCUGCAGAAUAUGUUCAACCCUGGGAAGGUGGACUUGGCCUCGGACCCCAAGUUCUACGAGGCAUUGCGGGAGGACACCCACGAGGAGUGUGCCAAGCAGGGAAAGGUGGUUCACGUCACGGUAGAUCCUCGUGGCACCGCAGGAUUGAUCUACGUCCUCUAUGAAACCCCCCAGCAGCGGCUGGCGGGUGAGCUGGCGCUGAACGGUGCCUGGUUCGAGGGGAAGAAGAUCAUCGCCACAGGAAUCGACGAUUCCAUUUGGCAAGACCUGGCAGCUCAAGCGCAGCCAGCUGUGAAGCAAGAACCCGCCGCAGACGCGUGA